AUGAGGCUGAGGCAGGUAAGUGUUGUGAAGAAGGUAAUUGUUGCAAUGACUAUUGGGAAGGAUGUUUUGUCGCUAUUUACAGAUGUUGUGAACUGCCUGCAAAUAGAGAAUCUGGAGCUGAAGAAGCUUGUAUAUUUAUACCUUAUAAACUAUGCUAAAAGCCAACCUGAUCUAGCUAUACUUGCUGUGAAUACAUUUGUGAAGGUGCACAAGUUGGGAUGGAUUGGACUUCUAUCUUGAGAAAAUGCCAUGAUUUCAGCUAGUUAUUAUUGUAAUGAAAAGUUAAAAAAUUAAGAGAGAGAGAGAGAGAGAGAGAGAGAGAGAGAGAGAGAGAUAAUGAAUUCAUGGAAAGAAAUGUUCUUUAUCAUCAGGGCUGCUUUUGCCGGGUUUGAUGCAGAAAUCGUCGCCAACUUCACAGAAAGACAAAUAGCAUCAGUGGCCACAGAUUACAACUUGGAUUUAAACAAGGUUCGAGGUGUCGUCAACAAUGCUAACAGAAUCCUCCAGGUCAGAAACAUACUAAUCUUCCUCUUCUUUCUCUACUCAUCAUUUUCAAAAGUUAUGUUCACCAUAAUCUAAUGAGAAAAUUUAAACAUUU